AUGCCAGUAACGCGCAUCAUACUCGACACUGACCUGUCUAUGGGUUACGGCGCGGACGUCGAUGAUGGUUUUGCUCUCGCCCUGGCACAUGCAGAUCCAGCCAUUCAAAUGGAUUUGAUCACCACAGUCAAUGGCAAUACCGACAUUGAGAGCGCCACAAUCUUGACUGGCGUCCUCCUUAACCGAUUUGGCAUCCAGGACACGCCGCUCGUCCGCGACACGGCGCGUCCUCCGACCCCAGGCUACGCCCCUGUGGCCAUUGUCGAGCAAAUCCUGGCCAAUCCGGGCGAAAUCACCAUUGUCGCCAUUGGACCUCUUACCAACGUCGCCAUCACCCUUCUUCUCGAGCCUCAAAUAAAGACAGCCAUCAAGGAGCUUGUCAUCAUGGGGGGAGUCUUCUUCGGGACCAUGUAUUCACGAGACAAGCCGGGAGAGUUCAACGUCUUCUCAGACCCUGAGGCUGCCCGAGCCGUUCUUCGUUCUGGUAUUCCUCAACGCUGGAUUGGGCUCGAUUGCACCCUGCGAAAGGCUUCCUCGAGUUUCGCUGCGUUUGCGGGAGACGCCAUCAUGGCCUACAUAGAUUAUCAAGCCGUCAGGUUCCCGGGUAGACCCAAGACUGAGUCGAUUCCCAUUUACGACCCCUUGGCCGUGGCUGUCGUGUCCAAACCCGACUUGUGCAAGCAUAGGGACAUGGCUGUAUCAAUCAUUACGGGCGACGGUGAAACGCGCGGCAUCAUGAUUGCGGAUCGACUAGAAACUCCUUCGCCCCCCAUUCCCAAUUGCCGAGUCGCUGUUGAUGUUGAUAGCGAAGCGUUUCGAUCUCACUUUUUGACGUUUAUUCAAACGCUAUAG